CUGAGCAACAUGGCGGAUAUUUCAACGUCAAACGGCUCCACGUGUCCAGCCAUGAGCGUCGAAAGAAAUGGAACCUGUCUCCCACUCGUCCGGAUGGCGGAGACUCGGCGUGCCCGACAGUGGGAGCGCACCAUCCCAGUUCUGCUGUCGAUCGACGAUCGAGUGGAACACGCACUCAAGAGUGGUCGACUGUGCGAGAACAUCCCCGCCGACGCGUGCGUCAACAACACGCGCCGGGUCUCGUCGGACCGGUGGCGCGACCCGUGGUGGAGUUGGCUCGAGUUCUACGGGGGCCGCGUCUCUUGCGCGGACGAGGACAUCCGGCAGAACGGCGACUGCAUCUUCGGUUCACGCGACGGGAGCCGUGCCAGCUGCUUCAUGCGUUUCUUCAAGAUCCGCACGAGUUACCGCUGGCGCGUGGCGGUCGGAAACACGCACCACGACGAACCACCACUGGCCGUCAUCGAAGCGGGGAAUACGUCCGCCACCGCGAAAGUCGUGCAGGCAACGCUGCAAAUAAGAAAAGAUCCUGAGGACCACUUCCACAUCGUGGCACUCGACCUCGGCCGUGUCCGGAUCAAGAACUUGGUCGUCGAAAACUCCACCAUCAGCUGGGACGGAAAGAGAAUCGACACAAUGGAGCGGCGGUUUCGGAGCCUGAUUCGAAGUGCGCUCUCCAACCUGGCUUGUGACUUCAUCGGGAACAACUAUCUCGACCACUUGAAGAAGGCGUUCGUCGAAGGGCAGGACUGAGCUUUGCAACUGUCUCGGCCGGAUCAGUGCAAGCUUUUUCACUUUCCCUACUUACUUUAUUGGCUUGGACGUCCUCCAUAGAGGAAAAAUAAACAUUUUAGCUCAUGAUGUAUCUUCACUAACUGGAUGUCCAAU